UUCCAGAUGCUGAAUCUGCUGGUGCUGGCACUGCCUCUCCUGCUGAGCCCAGUCCACAUGGCCCCUGCCCCACGCCAGGCCCUGGAGCGAGUGAACAUCGUGGGAGGGAAGGAGGCCCCUGGCAGCAAGUGGCCCUGGCAAGUGAGCCUGAGAGUCAAACAUCAAUACUGGGAACACUUCUGCGGGGGCUCCCUCAUCCACCCUCAGUGGGUGCUGACUGCAGCACACUGCGUUGGACCGGACUUCAAAAAUCCCACAGACCUGAGGGUGCAGCUGCGGGAACAGCACCUGUAUUAUCGUGACAAGCUACUGCCCAUCAGCCGGAUCAUCGUGCAUCCUGAGUACUACGCCAUCCAGGCGGGGUUUGACAUUGCCCUGCUGGAGCUCGAGGACCCUGUGAACAUCUCCUGCCAAGUCCAGCUGGUUACUCUGCCCCCUGCCUCAGAGACUUUCCCCCCAGGGACUCCAUGCUGGGUGACAGGCUGGGGUGACAUAAACAGUGGAGAAUCCCUCCCACCUCCGUUCCCUCUGAAGCAGGUGAAAGUUCCUAUUGUAGAAAACAGCAUUUGUGACUCAAAAUAUCACACUGGCUUGUACACGGAGGACAAUGUGCGGAUCGUUCGUGAUGACAUGAUGUGUGCCGGGAACACGAAGAAGGAUUCUUGCCAGGGUGACUCCGGAGGGCCCUUGGUCUGCAAGGUCAAUGGCACCUGGCUGCAGGCAGGUGUGGUCAGCUGGGGCGAUGGCUGUGCCCAGCCCAACAGGCCCGGCAUCUACACCCGUGUCACCUACUACCUGGACUGGAUCCGUCGGUAUGUUCCCGAGGAGCCUUGAGUCUGUCCCUGGGACUGCCACCUGGGUCUGCAGAGAAGCCAGCCUCAUCCAGUCCCUACACCACUGCUUCUUGCCCAGGUGGCAUC